UUUGGAUAUUGUCUCAAAAUUCAAACACCCUUCCAUCAUUCCCAACCGAAUUCCCUUCCCCCACACCAUCUCCAUUCUUUCAUCUUCUAUAAGUAAUACCAAUCUUCUUUUCUUUCUCUCUAACUUUUAUCCUUUCCCCAUCCAUUCAUAAUCCAUCUUCUAAAUUCAUGGAGCUGGGACGUCGAUCCGCGAUAUGGGAUACUUGGAUCAUCUGCAGCGCGGUGUUCGUCGCCUCUCGUGGGGUUGCAGAACACGCCUUUAACUACGGCGAUGCGCUUGGCAAGGCCGUGUUGUUCUUUGAGGGACAGCGGUCGGGAAAGUUGUCAGAAGCGCAACGAGUCAAGUGGCGUGGUGACUCUGCACUCUCCGAUGGAGGCCUUGAGAAUGUAGGAGAAAAAACGGUGAAUUUGGUAGGCGGUUACUACGACGCGGGCGACAAUGUGAAAUUCGGGUGGCCGAUGGCGUUCACGGUGGCGUUGCUGAGUUGGACGGCGGCGGAAUAUGAGGAAGAGAUAGCGUCCGUGAAGCAGCUGGAUCACCUCCGGAGCUCCGUCCGGUGGGGCGCAGACUUCAUAUUGAGAGCUCAUACUUCACCCACCACACUCUAUACUCAGGUCGGGGACGGAAAUAGCGAUCAUCAGUGCUGGGAGCGGCCGGAGGACAUGGACACUCCCCGAACGCUUUAUAAGAUAACGCCAAAUUCUCCCGGAACGGAAGCCGCCGCCGACGCCGCCGCCGCGCUCUCCGCCGCUUCCAUCGUCUUCAACCGCGUCGACGCCAACUAUUCCAGAACUCUACUUCAACACUCCAAAUCUUUGUUUCAGUUUGCUGACCGGUUUAGAGGAUCCUACUCUGCUUCUUGUCCAUUCUACUGUUCUUAUUCAGGCUAUCAGGAUGAGUUGCUAUGGGCUGCGGCUUGGCUAUACAAAGCAAGUGGAAGUAGCAAAUACUUGAAUUAUGUUUCAAGCAAUCAAGGUUGGAGUCAGGCUGCGUCUGAAUUUAGUUGGGACAACAAAUUUGCUGGAGCUCAAACAUUAUUAGCAAAGGAAUUCUAUCAAGGAAAGAAAGAGUUGAGCAAGUUUAAGAACGAUGCAGAAUCGUUUAUUUGCACGGUGAUGCCUGGUAGCAGCUCUUCUCGGAUUUCAACGACGCCUGGUGGGCUUCUUUUUGUAAGAGACAGUAGCAAUUUGCAGUAUGUGUGUAGCUCUUCCAUGGUGCUUUUCAUCUACUCUAGGCUCUUAGACAAAGCUGGUGUUGGUGGAGUCCAUUGUGGAUCCAAAUAUUUCCCCUCUUCUCAGAUCAAAACUUUUGCAAAAUCGCAAGUGGAUUAUAUACUAGGGGAAAAUCCCUUAAAGAUGUCAUACAUGGUAGGAUUCGGUAGCAAAUAUCCUUUACAAUUGCAUCAUAGAGCCUCAUCCAUCCCUUCAAUAAAAGCUCACCCAACAAAAGUUGGUUGCAACGACGGCUAUUCGAAUUAUUUUCAUUCAAACAAUCCAGAUCCGAACACACACAUCGGUGCCAUAGUAGGAGGUCCGAAUUCAAAUGACCAAUUCAGUGAUUUGAGAACAGACUACUCUCAUUCUGAACCUACGACUUAUAUGAAUGCAGCUUUUGUUGGUUCGGUUGCAGCUUUGGUUGCAUAAUGCAAUCACAUUGGACCUGCUUAAUUUAUAAGAUAUAGUUGAAACUUUCCCUAUUUUAUAUUGUGUGGUGCAAAGGGUCUAAAAUUGUGGUCAUGAUUAUUGUUAUAAACUUAUGUAUUGAUGACCUUGUGAAAUAAAAUAAAAGUUUAUUGUGUGUGUAAUAA